AUGGACCGUCGCAUGUCCAUGGGCCACAUGCACAUGGGCUCUGGCCCCGCCCUUAAAGAGUGGCCCAAAUUCUACUAUGCAGUAGUAGCAAGUGCUGUCGCCAUCGCGACCCUGGUCAACCUCUACAACUACCUGCUGUACCGACAAAGACUGUCUGCAGCAAGACGAGUUUCGCGGACACCGGCAAAGCCGAGAACGUGGUUUGCUCUCGGAAACGCGACGAUUUAUGCCUUAGCACGCGAGGCAUCCAACUAUUCCCUACGCAUACCGCUGAAGCGUCGGAUGUUCACGUUGCCGACUGUUGGUAAAUCGUCCUUGGUCUUGGCAAACAUUGUUGUUCUCAUCGUCCUAUGUUAUCAUGGUCUAGAUCUGAAGAGUCAGUUCACCCGCGAGAGUGUUGGGUACCGAUGUGGUGUCAUUACGAUUGCACAAAUUCCCCUCGUCUUCCUUCUUGCCGGCAAGAACAACAUCAUCGGAUGGCUGAGCGGCGUCAGCUACGAGCGUUUGAACUGGCUGCAUCGAUGGUGCGCUAGGUGUAUGCUCCUCACGGCGACUAUGCACAUGGGAUGGUUCUUCAGUGCAUGGGCGCCGUACAACUACAUCGGCUACCAACUCAAAAACAACAGGAUUGCUUGGAAGGGCCUCGCCGCAUGGUGCACCCUGGUAUGGAUUGUUUUCAGUUCCAUGACGCCCAUUCGAGGGCUGAGCUACGAGUUUUUUGUUGUACAACACAUUGUCUCAUUCGCAGUAUUCCUUGCAUUUGUCCAUCUCCAUACCCCGGCCGAGAUGAACGGCUACAUCUGGGCACCCGUUGCGAUUUUCUUUUUCGAUCGUGUCAUCCGGGGUCUGCGACUGCUAUACAUAAACAUAUCACUCCUUCAUUCCAAGAAGCAAAGCCAGGCCAAGGGUCUUUUGACAUGCAAGGCGGAAUUCACACUACUUCCACACAACACCACCAAGAUCGUUGUCCGAAAUCCUCCCAUCAGCUGGACUCCUGGCCAGCAUGUGUACCUGACCUGCCACUCGAUCGCAGCUUUGCAAAGCCAUCCGUUCACCGUGGCAUCCAUUCCAGAGGAUGGAAAGAUGGAAUUCUACAUCAAGGCUGAGAAGGGUGGUACCAAACGGUUUCUCAACUAUGCUGAGAAGUCCAGCGGCCUCAUCGAAGCAGCGAACAAGACGAGAUCGGUACUCAUCGAAGGCCCAUAUGGAUGCAUCCGUCCUCUUCGCCAAUUUGAUAGUGUCGUCCUACUAGCAGGCAGCACUGGCGGCACCUUUACCGUACCCCUCCUCCGCGACCUUAUCCAAGGCUGGCGAGAAAAUUCCCGAAUCGAUACCACAAAUAGCGGAUCAAUCUUCAAAGCCCCCAUCGGAGCAGUCACCCGCCACAUCCGCUUCGUAUGGGUCGUCAAAAGCAGAGGCCAACUCAGCUGGUUCUCGGAGCAACUGUCCUCCAUCUACACCGAAUACCAAGCCCUAAAUUCCGAGCUGCGAGACAUCAAACUCGAAAUGACCGUCUACGUCACGUGCGAUGAAUCCUUCACCGAAGAGCAAAAGUCCCUCUUAUCCGGCGUGACAGCGCCCCGGCCUCGCCAACAAGUCAACCACGGCAUCGUACAAUACCGUCCGCGCCCAAUCUCUACUCUAGACGGAGAAAACGCCGACAUCAAACCAAAGCUAGAAAAACAAGAAAUUGAACUCGCCUCCCUAGACGACAUCGACCCACCAAACCCUUGCACCUGCUACAACACCAUCGACGAAACCGCCCCUUCCAACGGAAAAACACCCUGCUGCUGCUCCCCCGCCAUCGCUACAGCCUCUUCCUCCUCAUCAACACAAACACCUACACACUCCCGCGACCCCUCCUCUGCUAAAUCAACCCUCCAAGACGCACCCCUUCACCCGGCCAUCGCGCUCUACGCCGGCCGCCCCCAAACCCGGGACAUCGUACGCCGCUCGCUCGAACAGGCGCUGGGCGAGAGUGCAGUAGUGGUAUGUGGGCCGCGGGGACUGCUGGCGGAUGUAAAGCAUGAUGUUGUGUACUUGAGUGAUGAGAGGGCUGUGCAUAAGGGGACGGGGGCGCAAGGGAUUUAUUUCCAUGCAGAGGGAUUUGGGUGGUGA